CCAGAGCGUCUCGCAAACGUGCGGCAAUGGCUGAGUGAGUGCGUUGCAAAACACAAGCGAUGCCCCGACAACGAGUCAGUUGAGCUGCCCACCAGACUGGUCGAGGUCUCGCCGCCGGGCGACCCCGAGUCUGCGCGUCUCCGCACCACCACCGGGGGUGAGACUGGACGCUAUGCCACGCUUAGCUACUGCUGGGGUGGUCCACAGCCCUUCCAAACCGUCACGGACUCAUUCGCGGAUUACUCAACGGCGCUCCCCUAUUCGAACCUGCCCAGGACCAUACUCGACGCGCUCCAAGUAACCAGGAGUCUCGGUCUCCGGUACAUAUGGGUCGACUCCCUCUGCAUCAUCCAGGACGACCCCGAGGACAAGAACCGGGAGCUGCCCCAGAUGCUCCGCAUCUACGAAAACUCCUUCAUCACAGUCUCAGCAGGCAGCGCA